CAUAAGUACAAAGUUUCAAAAUCAUCAACAACAAUGCAGUCUGUGUUCAUUGUGUGCCUUUUGGCCACAUGUGCCCUUGCUGCACCACACGCUAAGGGAAAACUGACCAAGAACAUCUUUAAACGUUACUCACCAGUAGAACAGAUGGAAAUGAGUAGGGAAGAUUUCAAGAAUUUUCUAGGCUGUACCGGCAGUUGUCUCAGUGAUGAAUUCUAUGGCCUUCUCAAGGACGUUACAUAUGAUAAAAGAUGGGCUGAUAUCUGCCCAAAUCUAGAUCGUGUCACUAAUAGACUAAGGGAUUUUUCUGACAAACAUCAUUGUCGAACUGGUGAAGUGAUGAAUUUAUUCAACCAACAUUCAUCGUUGAUAUGCAAUCAUGCCGUACCUGACAACUUGUGGCAGGAAAUGGGCUGUCUUAAGGGGGGUGACUUCCACUACAUACCCGAAAAGUUAAGAGACAACCCUGCAAGUAUCUGUGAUGAUAUUAUGACAGUUUUGGAUAUUGGUUGCACUGUGUUGGGUGAGGCAGUGAAAAGACAGUGUAACCCUGGCAGCUUCCCCCAUAUUGAACAGGGAGUGGCCAUAUUCAGGCAGACGUACUGCCACCAAGGACGUUUUGAACAUUUUGAAUUACCAUGCAUGCCAAGAUGUGAACGGCCACAACCUGAAACAUACUACCCUAGCAGCUACGGUAGCUAUAUGCCUGACAGUUCAUACUAUAGCAGCAGCUAUGACAGUUCAUUCUAUAGCAGCAGCUAUGACAGUUCAUUCUAUAGCAGCAGCUAUGACAGCUCAAUCUAUAGCAGCAGCUAUGACAGCUCAAUCUAUAGCAGCAGCUAUGA